GUUGUCCCGCAGGUGUGCAGUGACGUCACCACGGUGCUCAGGUACUUCCUGUCGGCGCUGAUCAAUAAAGUUCAGCUGGUGGAGAAACUGUCGGACUCUCUCCCGGUGCGCACCGCGGCUCGGCUGCCCGCCCGGGCCGCUCUGAGGGUGCUGCAGGCCGGCAGGGCCGCGGCGGGCAGGGCGCUGGAGUCCCGGAGCCUCCGACAGACCCGACAGGAGGCCGCAGAGGCUCCGCGGGGACCCGGACACCUGAGCCGGAAGUCCCGCAGGGUCCGAGACUCCCUCCUGGAGGACGUCAGAGACACGAGCUUUCAAAAUAAAGGCCUGAAAUUGAAAAUGUUUGUUCCUGUGGAAUACUUUAUUAAAGUACUAAUACCACUAAAGUAA